CUUCGCAUGCCAACAGUUCUGCAGCAGAAGUAAUUGUGGAUAGAAGAUCGUAACAACAGUGACAUAGAGACAAUAGAAAUGGAUCCCAAAACUUCAGGACCAGCGCCUAGCUGCCCAGCACUUGAAGAUAUUCCUUCAGGACUGGCCAUUUUUAAAACGAUACCAUAUGCCUUAAUCUUGCCAGAGCUGAUCUUUGGCUGCUGGGUUUGGAUCCUUGUAGCAGCUACCACAGUCUAUUUCCCUUUGCUGCAAGGAUGGGUCAUGUACGUCUCGAUCAGCUCCUUUGUCAUCUCCUUUCUCCUCCUCCUGAGUUACUUAUUUGGCUUCCAUAAACAGUUUAAAUCCUGGAGAAUUCUGGAUAGUCUUUAUCAUGGAGCCACAGGCAUUUUUUAUCUGAGUGCUGCUGUGUUGCAGGCAAAUGCAACAAUCCAUUCAGAGACUGAAGUGCCACCUCAAUAUAUCCCUCUCUAUUAUCAGCUCAAUGUUGCAGCCACGUUCUUUGCCUUCAUCACUACACUGCUGUAUAUUUUGCAUGCCUUCAGCAACUACUACCACUGAAAGGACAUGAGCUGGAAUUUGUAUCCCCAAACUGUUAACAUUUAAGAAGAUAAUUCAGUUGCAACUGAAUUCACCCAUCAUCUGGCACCAUCUCAUUUUAGGUGAAGCAAAUACAUGUUUUUUAAAACCUGUAUUGUAGCAUGCUACUGAGUUCUAUAUGUAAAACUACUCAACUUACUGUAAUCUUUCUCAUGCUUGUAAUUAUCCCAAAUCAUUACUCCCCCCCCCCAUAUCAAAGCCUUCAUAAAUAAUGUACAUAAAAUAGGGGGGAUUUCUGUUUUCAGUGAACUAUCUUCACAUUUCCUCUUCUGUGAAGGAAUUCUUGUUGGUUUGCUAUGGUAUCUUGCAUGUGGCAGAAGAUUCUUGGUUCAUAUAUUGAGGUGGCCAGUUUCCAAUUCACACAAACCGUAAAUAAAAUAGCAUAUAGCAGUGUUUCUCAACAUUGGCAAUUUGGAGAUAUGUGGACUUCAACUGCCUGAGGGAUUCUGGAAGUUGAAGUCCAGACAAUUAAUUGUUAAGCUGCUAAGACUGAGAAACACUGAUGUAUAGUAUAUAUUAUAAUGCUACACGACUCAGUGUAUGCCUUAAAAACCCAUCAUCCAAUUUCUUGUACUUGCACAACCAGGAAAGAUUGUGUAGCGGUUGGCAACCUUGGGAAGUGUGUCUGUUUUCUAAUCGAUAAAGCUUCCAGAGAAUUUCGAAUUCCUCUACAACAUUGCUUGAAAACUUUUUCCCAUUUGGAGGCAACAGAUUAUUCAUUUAGGCUACAGCAAAUAAUCUGUUGCCUCCAAAUGGCCUGUGGAAUAAUUAUCAAGAUGUCUGGGAAGAGAAAUUCACACACAUUAUGGUAGCUGUGAUAUAAAUAAUUUUUUAUCUCAUUAAUUUUAUGUAUGAUUUCUAGCUUAAGUAAGUAUGAAGCUAAAGUGGCAACAUAAUACAAAAUACCAU